AUGCGAAUGGCAGCCACGGACAUGACGAAACCUUGGACCUACUAUUCAUUCCGCCUUCUUGUGGCGCUUACCACUCAAUAUACCGAAGCCAGGUCGAUGCCUACCAUGGAAACAGGCCUAAGUAGGGAAGACGUCAAAACAAUGGUACAUCACAUACUAGAAAACUCAAAAUCCCUGAUCAAGGAUGAAGACGACUCCUCAAACGACGACAACUCUAAUAAGAAUACGAACUCUAGAACUGAGAAGGGCGCUAUCGUUGGAGGAACCAUCGCUGCCGGAAUCAUCCUCGGAGUAACAGUAUUCAUAGGUGUUCUCGUCUAUAAACAAUACCGUACCCGACGGCAACGUGCCAAUGGUCAAACUAACGACACGGCAUCAUCGUCAAGGAAGAGCUCGAGUCCUGGAACAACUUCUGGCAGCUCAGCUGACCGUUCUUGGCGCCACACAUUCAACCACCGGGUAUUAGCUCCAGAUUCAGUAUCUAUCUACUCUCAGCGAUCUUAUGGAUAUGCUCCUUCAGCCACCCAGACUGAGAUGGUCCCAACUCGAUCGAUCCCGCCGCCAACAAUACCACAAAAAGCUGCUCAGAUGCUGGGAGUUGAGGGGAUUCAUGCCUUUGGAUCAACGACUCCCCUGACAACAUCGCCUCUGCCAUCACCACGUUUGCCAAAUUCGCCUUUGGCUAAGCACUUCAUCGCAUGGAAUCCUUUGGCACAGAAUCCCCCACAACAGCAUCCCUUACCCCAGUGUUCACCAACGCAAGGCCCUCUGCUACCUACUCCAGAGCCGGUUGCCAGAAACAAUUCCAAGUCGUCAUCAGAUUCUCGAACUCGAGCCCGAACUUCGUCCAACUGCACAAUGAGUACCCUCGGCAGGGAACUGCUUCAUGAUGUGAUGAAGCCAUUACCUCCAAUCAAGUUCAGUCCGCCUCCUGAUACGAACUCCUUGCCUCAGCCCCCACCGUCCAUCUCCAAGACCACGAAAUCUCCGCCUGUAUCAAUGAACAGCACGAAGGGCCAAAAGCGGGCACCAAGCAGGCGGUAUUUUGUGCCCUUGUUCAAGACCAAUGGGCAACUAUUGAGUACAACGUCGCCAGAUGUAACCCUGACUAUAGAUUCGGGCAUACAAGAGGAAGGGGGCGCUAAUGCAAAGGCGGAGGCGGAGGGAGAGGCAGAGACAGUCUUGAGGGACUCAUCGAGGGCAGGUCUGUUCUCACUUGGCGAGAACAAGAUAUGA